UCGCUGACUGGAGCUUAACGGAGCAGUCGUGACCAUUGAUAACACUCCCAUCAUUAUUACUUUGAUUAAUCGCUCCAAAGUGUUUAACGGUAGUUGGCAUUUCGUCUAAGUUUGAACGAGUUCAAUUCAAAUGAUAUAGUAUUUGUAACAUGUCUUAUCCGUUGGAAAAUUCACAAGCAAAGUCAGUGACGAAACUAUCGAGAAAUUCAAACCCGUAUCACAUAAAACGUCCCAUGAACGCGUUUAUGGUUUGGUCGAGGCUACAGCGGAAGAAGAUAUCCUCGUUGAACCCGAAACUUCAUAACUCCGAGAUAUCAAAACGGCUCGGUCUAGAAUGGAAGAGUCUAGACGACUCCGAGAAGAGACCGUUUAUAGAUGAAGCAAAGAGGUUGCGGCUGAAACACAUGCACGACUAUCCAGACUAUAAGUACAGACCGCGUCGGAAAAACAGGAUGGACACCUCAAUAUAUGGACCUACUUCUUUAUAUUCAUCUCGAGAGAGCUUCGUAGAAAUAGAACCGAGGGUCGAAGCCAGCUAUCCGAUACCAAUCAACUAUUCCGAUCCGCAGUACAUGUACAACAACGUUAUAAGUUACACGGUGCCUAUAAAUCAGGCUCCUUUCGUUUCCCCCAUUAGACCCAAAGAGGAGACCUUGCCGAGUUUAGACUUGAGGCCUCUGCCGUCGAUCGAGAGCAUUUCACCGAGGCCGUUCGCUGUCGUGAACCAGCAGAUGAUGGUGAAGUCUUACCCCAACCUGCACUACGUCCCUGAAGACGUCGCGAGGAUAUCGUAUCAUUACCCCUUCAGUGUGCAGUAGGAUUCAUAGGAAAUAUUCAUGACAUAUGCCAAACGUAGUUCUUAGGAAUCAUAAUGCAUAACAUUAAAGGAAUAAUACAUAA